GAGCUCUUAGCACCUUCUCAGGGAAGCAGCUUUCUUACCAGCUCUGAAGGAUCUCUGCUACUGAUCUUGCAGUUAUAUAAGACAAAGUCACACCCUAGACAUGACGCCAAAGAUCUACAUGCCAGCCCCAGUGUGCCUCAUUGAGAACAAUGGAGGGCAACUUCUGGCUAAUCAGGAAGCUUUGGAGAUCCUGUCAGCCACUAGGAAUCCUCUUGUGGUGGUGGCUAUUGUGGGCCUCUACCGAACAGGCAAAUCCUACCUGAUGAACAAGCUGGCUGGGAAGAACAAGGGCUUCUCUAUUGGAUCCACAGUGCAGUCUCACACCAAGGGUAUCUGGAUGUGGUGUGUGCCUCAUCCCAAAAAGCCGAACCACACUCUAGUUCUUCUUGACACGGAGGGUCUAGGAGAUGUAGAGAAGGGUGACAAGAACAAUGAUGCCCAGAUCUUUGCAUUGGCAAUACUAUUGAGUAGUACCUUUGUAUACAAUACUAUGAACAAAAUUGAUCAGAAGGCUAUUGACCUAUUGCACUAUGUUACAGAACUGUCGAACCUGCUCAGGAAAGUAUCCUCACCUGAUCUUGAAGGGGUUGAAGAUGCAACUAACCUUCAGAGCUUCUGUCCAGACUUUGUGUGGACUCUGAGAGAUUUCUUUCUAACCCUGGAAAUAGAUGGGCAAGACAUCACAGCAGAUGAAUACUUGGAGAAUUCCCUAAGGCUAAAGCAAGGCACUAAUGAAAGUGUUAAAAACUUUAAUUUGCCCCGUCUAUGUAUAAAAGAAUUCUUUCCAAUAAGGAAAUGCUUUAUCUUUGACUCUCCCACUCACCGGAAGAAGCUUGCCCAGCUUGAGACGAUGCCUGACGAUGAGCUGGAUCCUGAAUUCAUGCAACAAGUGGCAGGGUUCUGUUCCCACAUCUUCAACCAUUCCAACACUAAAACUCUUCCAGGAGGUAUCAAGGUCAAUGGACCCUAUCUAAAGAGCCUCGUGCUGACGUACAUUAAUGCCAUCAGCCGUGGGGAUCUGCCCUGCAUGGAGAACUCAGUCUUGACCUUGGCCCAGAUCAAGAACUCAGCAGCAGUGAAAAAGGCCAUUGACCACUAUGACCACCAGAUGAGCCAGAAGGUGCAGCUGCCCACGGAAACUGUCCAUGAGUUGCUGGACUUGCAUAGGGAAAGUGAAAGAGAGGCCACAGAAGUCUUCAUGAAGAACUCUUUCAAGGAUAUGGACCAAAAGUUUCAGAAGGAAUUAGAGACUCUUCUAGAAGUAAAAAAGGAUGACUUAUAUAAACAGAACAUGGAGGCAUCAUCAUUCCGUUGCUCAGUUUUACUUCGGGCUAUUUUUGGUCCUCUGGAAAAUGAUGUGAGGCAGGGCAUUUAUUCAAAGCCAGGAGGACAUCAUCUCCUCGUUCAGAAGACAGAAGAGUUGAAAGCAAAGUAUUAUCAGGAGCCCAGGAAAGGAAUGCAGGCUGAAAGAGCUCUACAGGAAUAUUUACAGUCCAGACAGUCUACAACCGAUGCCAUCCUACAAAUAGACUUGGCUCUCACAGUGAGGCAAAAGGAGAUAGAAGAGGCAAAUAGGAAAGCACAGGCUGCGAAGAUUGUAGCACAAAGGUUGGAGACAAUUCAAAGGCAGAAACAGCAAAUGAUGAUGCAAAGGGAGCGGCUCUAUCAGGAACAAAUAAGACAGAUACAAAUAUUCAGAGAAUACCAGUUGCAACAACAGCAGAGGGCCCUGGAACGUCGAUUCCAGGAAGAGGCUGAAAAUCUCAAUAGGGAAAUCGAAACUGAACGCAGAAGCCUUCAAAAUGAAAUCCAGGAUCUCCAGAGGAAUGUUGUCUCAUUGGAUGAUACAUGCAUCUUACUCUAAAGAGCUAAAUAUCAGAACAAACUUUUCUUGUUCACUUUUGCUAAAGACACAAAAGUUUGAGAAAUUAUAGAAACUGGAACAAUCACCACUUAAAUAAACUUCAUAAUUCUUGUUUCAAACUUUUGUACAGUUCUAAAAUUAUAAAGCUUGUAAUUAGUAUAAUGUACAUUUCAGUAAUUCUGUAAUAAGGAUUUUUAUCACUAUCCUUAUUUAGGGUGAUACUGGGUUGGUUCCAUCAGGGGAAACUGUCUUAUAACCCAAUUCCAUCCCUCCAAUUUUCUAUUUUGGAUUGAGGGUAUUAGGAGUGGCCAAAGGGGUGAUAUCCACAAUGAACAAAGUCAAGUACAAUUUGGCCAAAGUCAUGGGCUCAAAUGGGCAUCAUGCUUGCCAAGUGGUCUUGUGCUGGAUGCCAUCAGAGGAAGGCACCAAUAGUAAAGACAAUUAACCUCGUGGAAACAAUGUAUGGUUCUCUUGUGUAUGGACACUGCUCAGUUUAUUGCCAAUGAUGUGACUCCUGGAUACAGUUAGUAUAUGGUCUGCUUAGAUUCUAAGCUGAAAAAAAAAAACAAACCCCACAAAACAACAACAACAACAAAAACAUGGUAAUGAAAUAAGGGUACUCCAGAUGGUGGAAAGAACUACCAGCAUAGAAACUAUAUCAUAGACUGCGGGCUAAAUAAGACUUUUCCUUGUUCAUUCUCAAAAAGGGCAUAACUUAAACAGGAUAUUUUAUAUUAUGAAGCAAUUUAUAUUGGACUUAAUAACUGUGUCACAUGUUUAUAAUCCUUCAAAGCUUGUAAAUAAAUGGUAUAAGGAAUGCUGGAUAAGGUGCCAAAAAGUUUG